CACACCGGGAAAUCGUAGUUGUUUAUUAGAUAAAGUACAGAGCUCUACGUAUAUUAUCAUUAUCAUUAUCGUUAUUAUUAUUAUUAUUAUUAUUAAACUUAUUAUUUUUACUAGUAGUAGUAUAAUAUCGUAGUGGUUGAUGUUCUUAAUAUUAUAGUCAGUCUCUCCGGGCUGUUCAGUCAACGUCUAGAAAAUUUCGAGCAGUGGACCGUUUGCUAUUCUAAUCGUUGUCAUCGUAGACUGAACAUUUAAAGAUACAUUAUAAUAUUAAACUAUAGAAUAAUUUUGAGAAAAAAACAUUAAUCGAUCUACUCGCAAAACAUGAACUCCGCACUACCAAAUCGGGCAUUCAGAAUAUUAGUUUUUGCGACAUGGGCACAUAGACUUGUUUGGUGUCAAUAUUACGGUGAGCAGAUUGGAGACGGCCGUGGUCAUAACGAAGAAAGUCAUGAAGAUUAUCACCAGACGAAGCCGUUGUACAAGUAUGGGUACUGGGUGCACGAUCCCAAGACCAAGGAUGUCAAGAGCCAUUGGGAAAACCGAGACGGGGACAAGGUGCAAGGUUCGUACUCGUUUCUUCAACCGGACGGACACAUGAGAAUAGUUGAGUACACGGCCGACAAGCACAACGGAUUCAACGCUCAUGUCAAGUACAUGUACGAAGGACACGGAGAGGGUAGCGACGGCGGAGGUGGGGAUGGCGGUGGAUACGGGGGAGGCGACUUCGACCACAAUUUAGAUGACGCGUCCGGGAAAUACUCAACACAUAUCGGAGGUAGAAGUGGCGGGGCGAACAGCCGACAGAAGCAACCGUUGCAAAAGUUCUACAAGAAACCGCGGGCGGAAAAGCAAGGCGGCCAACCGGGCCAGUACAAAAGGCCACAACAGUUUGACGGACGUCCUAAAUCGGUCGGCGGUUACAAGAAACAGCGGCUGCCCUCGGCCGGGGAACAGUCGGCCGAACACUACGCCGGUGGCAGGUCCAACAAUCAUUUCGAUCAGUUGCCCAGGUUUGGAGCACCCGGAAAUCAUCACGCCAAUUCACUGGGCAGCGGCGUUGGUAGCCCCGAACAUUAUCACGCGAAUCAGCUGGGCGCAGGGGGUGUCAGUUCCGAACGUUAUCAGCCGAACCAUUUGGGCGGCGCCAGCCCGUUCGGGUAUUUGGCUGAAGACCAGGGCGCCGAACAUUUUUCCAACAAGUAUUCGUCACCGGCGACGGCCGACACGUCCGCUUAUCUAGCCGGCAUCCAGCAACUUUCGUCCGAACACGACCCGGUGGUGCACCGUCGUCCGGACGUCGCGCCCGCAGCGUCGACGGAACGCCAGCACCACAAAACCAUGUCCGGGGAACGACAGCAACAGGUGCCGGGCUCGGAGUUGGAGCCUCCUCGACUGGCACAGGUGAACGGGCUCUCCGAAAGGUCCCGUGACGACGGGAGCGCACCGGUACAGUACGAUGACGACGACGACGACCGUUCACGGGAGCGGGACGACGGGGACUAUCGGGACGAUCACGCGGCCGACUCUGCUGACGAAACUCCGGUGACGGUACAAAAGCAACCAUUGCGGGAAUUCCUUUUCGAGGAGCCCUAUCCGUUCGAAAUCCCGGAAAACGUUCAAAUCCCCAGCAAAUACCAAAAGAGACACUUGACACAGCCGUCGCCAGUAAACUUGCACCGGUACACGCUUGCAUCGUCUUACUUUCCCAGCUGGUACCGCGGCAGUAACAACCUGCAGGAACACUACCAUUAAGGGGAGUGACUGAUUUGGAGUCGAAUUCCGUCAGCGCUGGACAACUAGUUCUAGAAGUAUUCGUAUCAUAGUGGCGAUUUGUUGUUAUUUUUAUUGCUGUUAGAUUGUUUUAGUUUACUACACUAAUAUUUCCGUGUCGGGAACUCUGUAAGUACGUAUAGGAUAUAACUGCCUAUAUAGCAUUUUGUUAUAGAUGCAUAGAGGUAUAGUCGAAUACAAUACUGUAUCGUUUUCGUCAAAUCGAUUCGAUUACACAUUUCAUAUUCGUAACAGACUGUAUUAUUUUUGUACUGACGUAUUAUGUCUUACGAUACUAGUUGGUGAUUAGUUACAAAUUAUGAUAAACCACAGUUAUCAUAUUUAGAUAAUAAUAAAUUUUAUUACAUGCUUUAAAUUAUCAAAUA